UUGCUCUCUCUCUAUCCCUUUCCUUUCCCCCUUCCCCACUGUCUGAAUUUUGGAAGUUUAAACUGUGGCUCCUCCCGCUCUUCUCUCUCCUCCCCCUCUUCAACCUUCAACCCUUUUUAUUAUCAACCCACCCACUUUUUCCUCUCCCAUUUCCUCUCUCCUCUCUCUCUCUCUCUCUUUUCCCCCCUCAAAUCUUUUUGAAUGAUCCAUUUCUUCAAAACCCUAAUCAUAAUUUAAUUUUUAAUCUCUAAUUUUUUUUUUCACCAUUUCAAAAUAUUUCUUACUCUUCUGGGGUUUUCUUGAAGCUUCUGUACUGUGUGUCUCAUUCUCCUAUUUAAAAUUUGAGACUGAGGCAUACAGUGCUCUUCUACUAGGUUGAUAUGAACAAGGAAAAUUUAACCUCGGCCAAAGUAGAAGAGCCUACUCUUCGUGUUACAAGAGCAAGGGCUAAAGCUCUUGGUACAUCAGGGAAGUCGAUACAGAAACCUCCAUUGCCCGAACAGAGUAGAGCUCUUAGACCAAACUCUAAGAGAUUAGCAUCGGAUGAAAACAAUUCGACAGCUCCAGCUUCCAGUCUUCAGAAAAAGAGAAGAACCACACUUACAGAUGUUACCAAUGUACUUUGUGACAAAUCAUAUGCUCGCUGCUUCAAUGCAGGAAAAUUUCAGAAAACUAAGCCCGAGAAGAAGGGUCCCAUCAGAAAGAGUGCUAAGGUCAACCCAACUGUUUCAGAAACAAAUCAACAUGAUCAUGAUGACACAAAUGACAAAAUUGCUGAAGAUAUAUCGAAGUUGACAGUAGCACCCUUAGAAGUUGUUCCACUAGCGAAGAAAACAAUAGCUGGUGAUAGUUCAAAUUUGAAUGGCGAACGUCAUAAGCGCACAAAACUGGAUAAUAGCUUCCCAGUUAAUUUUACUCCUAGUGAAACAAGAGAGAGACAUGUGCUUUCUCAGACGCUUCCGAAAGAGGACAAGCUUGACGACAUACCUGGAACUUCAAAGCAUCAAACAGUAAUAGAUAUUGAUUGGAACCAAAAGGAUCCUCUUAUGUGCAGCCUCUAUGUUUCAGAUAUAUAUGAGAACAAACGUGUUACAGAGCUUAAUCAAAGGCUUUGCGUCGACUACAUGGAACAGGUGCAGCAUGAUAUCAGUCCAAGCAUGAGAGGAAUUCUCAUUGAUUGGCUUGUGGAGGUUAGUGUCUCUGAAGAGUACAAAUUGGUUCCUGACACACUUUACCUGACUGUGAGUCUCAUUGAUCGUUAUCUUUCUGGAAUUUACAUUGAAAAGCAAAAACUGCAGCUUCUGGGAGUAACCUGCAUGCUGAUUGCCUCGAAGUAUGAAGAAAUGAGUGCCCCACAAGUCGAAGACUUUUGCUACAUCACAGCUAACACUUAUGCUAGAGAAGAGGUAUUGAAUAUGGAGAGGAAAGUUCUGAACUCACUCUGCUUUCAACUAUCUGUUCCCACCAUAAAAACAUUUUUGAGGAGGUAUAUCCAUGCAGCUCAAGCUACUUACAAGGAUCGCUUGGUUGACUUAGAGUACUUGGCAAAUUAUCUAGCAGAACUGACUCUUGUAGAGUUCAGCUUUCUCAGAUUCCUCCCUUCACUUAUUGCUGCUUCUGCAGUAUUUCUUGCCAGAUGGACGCUUGAUCAAUCUGAUUAUCCAUGGAAUCCGACUUUAGAGCACUAUACUUGCUAUAAGGCUGCAGAGCUCAGAGUUACAGUAACUGCCAUGCAAGAUUUGCAAUUAAAUACAAUUAAUUGCACACUGAACGCAAUUCGGGAGAAGUACAGGCAUGAAAAGUACAAUUGUGUAGCAAAUAUGUCAUCUCCUGAAUCAGUUCAGUCUCUUUUCUGAAGUCCAAAAUGUAGCGGUGGUCGAAUCUUGUACAAGCCGAGUUAAAGAUAAUUAUUGGUUGACGUCCGAGACUGGCUGAUCCUUCUAACCACAGCCAUCUUCACAGUAGUCUCCUCUCUCUCCCCCUCUUCAUGUUAAAAUUCUUUAAUUUUUGUUGUAACGCCCAUUGUCGUUAAAAUUUAGUUCUGGCUCUCUCAGAACUAUUGCACCUAAGGCAUUAACUUACAUAUUUGGAAAUGCCCUUACCGGAGCUGCUUUUUUUUUUUUUUUUUUUCUAGGUUUCAGGAGCACCCAAGAUUUGCUAGGGUUGCUAUAAAUGUGAACAUCUGUAACUAAACCUGAAAUUAGUAUAUUCUAAAAUAAAUCUUCAUUUUUCCAGUAAA